AUGACCCACUGCUGUUCCUCUUGCUGUCAGCCUGUGUGCUGCAGGACCACCUGCUGGAAGCCCACCACUGUGACCACCUGCAGCAGCACACCCUGCUGCCAGCCCUCCUGCUGUGUGUCCAGCUGCUGCCAGCCUUGCUGCCGCCCAACUUGCUGUCAAAACACCUGCUGCCAGCCCACCUGUGUGACCAGCUGCUGCCAGCCCUCCUGCUGUGGGCCCAGCUACUGUGGCCAAACCAGCUGUGGGUCCAGCUGCUGUCAGCCUAUUUGUGGAUCCAGUUGCUGUCAGCCUUGCUGCCACCCGACUUGCUAUCAAACUACCUGUUGCAGGACCACCUGCUGCAGGAACACCUCUUGCCAGCCCACCUGCUGUGGGACCACCUGCUGUCAGCCCACCUGUGGGUCGAGCUGCUGCCAGCCUUGCUGCCGCCCAACAUGCUGUCAAACCACUUGUAGAACCACCUGCUGCCAGCCCACCUGCUGCCAACCAUCCUGUGUGACCAGCUGCUUCAGCACACCCUGUUGUCAGCCAACCUGCGGUGGGUCCAGCUGCUGUAGCCAAACUUGCAACGAGUCCAGCUGUUGUCUGCCUUGCUGCCGUCCCACCUGCUGCCAGACCACCUGCUGCAGGACCACCUGUUGCCGCCCCAGCUGUUGCUGCAGUCCUUGCUGUGUCUCCAGCUGCUGCCAGCCUUCCUGCUGCUGA